UCCAUCAACCUCCACGUUUACCAAAAACAAUACCCAAUUAUUCACCCAAAAAAAAAAAAAAAAAAAAAAAACCCCUUAAAACAGAAAAUCUUCGUCAUCUCUCUAUACCAAUCACUACUAGUACUACAAAAAAGCACUACAAAACCCAAGUCUCAAACCAAAGAACGUCGUCAUCAACCAACAAUGGCCUCCUCCUCCGCCUACGAGUUCAAGCGAUUCGACGUCGUUUCGAACGGCGUCAUCGACAACCACUUCUACGAGGGCCCCACCCGUCCCAGCGCCGACCUCCACAAGAAGAUCAUGCACGAAUGGCGGAUCCUGGAAAAACACCUCCCGGACACCAUCUUCGUCCGCGUCCACGAGCGACAAAUUGACCUCCUCCGCGCCGCCAUAAUCGGCGCCGCCGGCACUCCCUACCACGACGCCCUCUUCUUCUUCGACCUCUCCUUCCCCGCCGACUACCCCAACCGCCCUCCCGUCCUCCACUACCACUCCCACGGCCACCGCAUCAACCCCAACCUCUACGCCUGCGGCAAGGUCUGCCUCAGUCUGCUCAACACCUGGACCGGGAAGAAGUCCGAGAUGUGGAACCCUAAGGAGUCGACGAUUCUGCAAGUUCUGGUCUCAAUCCAGGCUCUGGUGCUGAAUUCGAAGCCCUAUUUCAACGAGCCCGGGGCGGGGAUAAUCGGGAAUUGGGAGAAGCAAUCUAGGGCAUACAACGAGAACGCGUUUCUCCUGACGUGCAAGACGACGGCGCACACGCUGCGGAAUCCGCCGAGGGAUUUCGAGGAGCUCGUGGUGGAGCACUUCCGCCGGGAACGGGCGGCGACGGUGCUCGGCGCGUGUAGGGCGUACGCGGAGGAGCGCGUGACGGUCGGGGAGUAUCGUGAGGGGUGUUGUAAUUGGGACGAAACGGCGUCGUUGGAGAAGAAGACGAAGAAGAAGAAAAAGGAUGCUGACGUGGCGAGGAAGUUUCGGGAGGAGUUGAAGAUGGUGUAUAAGCUGAUGUGGAAGGCGUUUGUAGAGAGGGGGAUUCCGGUGGAGGGGUUUGGAGAGUUUUUGGUUUUGGAGGACGAAACGACGACGUCUGAAAGAGAGAAGAGCAAUAAUAAGAAUGAUAAUGUUAAUGGGAUUGUGAAGAGGUUUGUUGAGAAGAUGAAGAAGGUGUUGAGGUUGAAGAAGAAGGCGAAGGAGAAGGAGAUUCCAGUAAUAACAUGGUUUGAUUGAUACUGGUGGUGGGGGUUUAUUUGAGAUUUCAGUCUUUUUGUUGGGGGUAGUUUAGGGAAUUUAGAACAAGGCUUAUGGGGUUUCUGACGUGGAAAGU